UCUAACCUAAUCUAACCUAACCCUAUUUGACUGAGAAAAAUAUUGAAUGUAAAUGGUUCAAUGAGUUGAAGUGGAUGCACUGAAUUCUAUACAUUAAACUCUAUCGGUUCAUAAUGCCAAAAGUGAAAUCUGAAAAAAAAACUAGGGUCCAUGGGACUGUAGCAAAACAAGGUAUCCUUUUCAAUAAGGAUUUCGGUCAACAUAUAUUGAAGAAUCCCAUGGUCAUCAAAUCUAUGGUAGAAAAAGCAGCAAUUAGACCUACAGAUACUGUGCUCGAAAUAGGGCCUGGUACAGGAAAUAUGACUGUAGCUCUAUUAGAUUGUGCAAAAAAAGUUAUAGCGUGUGAAAUUGAUAAAAGAUUAGUUGCAGAAUUACAAAAACGAGUUCAAGGUACUCACUUGAAACCGAAACUUGAGAUUUUAGUAGGAGAUGUUUUGAAAACUGAUUUACCAUUUUUCAAUUUAUGUGUUGCUAAUAUUCCAUAUCAGAUAUCAUCUCCUCUUGUUUUCAAAUUAUUAUUGCACAGGCCAUUUUACCGAUGUGCCAUACUUAUGUUCCAAAAAGAAUUUGCACAGAGAAUAGUUGCUCAGAAGAAUGACAAAUUAUAUAGUAGAUUAUCUGUGAAUACACAGUUAUUAGCCAGAGUGGACAUUAUAUUGAAUGUUGGAAGAAAUAAUUUCAGACCUCCUCCCAAAGUUGAUUCAGCAGUGGUACGUUUAGAACCUAGAAAUCCACCUCCACCUAUUUCAUAUACUGAAUGGGAUGGAUUGACUAGAAUAGCUUUCACCAGGAAGAAUAAAACAUUGGCCAGCUUAUUUCGGCAAACAUGUAUACUUUCUACCCUAGAAAAAAAUUACAGGAUACACUGCAGCAUGCGCAAUCAGGAAAUACCAGAAAAUUUGAAUUUCAAAGAUAAAAUAGAGAAAAUUUUAACAGAUGUCAAUGCUGAUAAAUUGAGAGCCAGGUCGAUGGAUGUGGAUGACUUCAUGUCGUUGUUGCUGGCGUUUAAUAAGGAGAACAUUUAUUUCGCGUGAUCGUAAUUUGGUACAGAUAUAAUUUUAUUUUGUAAAUAAAAAUUAGAUUUCACUAUA